CGGGAGGCGGAGCGGCGGGGUGGAUAGUGGCUUCCGCCUUCGCUCCUCGGCGGUGGUGUGAGGGGAGCGGAGCCGGGGUGGUUUAGCGAAGUGCCGCUGCAGAGAUGGUGUCGCUGCUGCCGCGCAUCGAGCGGCUUUCGUCACGAGUAGUACGGGUGCUGGGCUGCAACCCGGGGCCUAUGACUCUGCAGGGCACCAACACCUACUUGGUGGGCACCGGGCCCAGAAGAGUCCUUAUUGACACUGGGGAGCCAGCUACUUCUGAAUAUAUUGGCUGUUUAAAGCAGGCGCUGUCAGAGUUCAACAUCUCAAUUCAAGAAAUUUUAGUGACACACUGGCAUCGUGAUCAUACUGGUGGAGUACCUGAUAUCUGCAAAGACAUCCCAAAUGACUCUGAAUAUCGCAUCAGUAAGCUUCCUCGUGUCCCUCACCGUGAAGAAAUAAUAGAAGGAGGCCAUAAAUACUUUUAUCUUAAAGAGGGAGAUGUGGUACAGACAGAAGGAGCCACACUCAGAGUCUUAUAUACUCCUGGACAUACUGAUGAUCAUAUGGCUUUACAUCUAGAAGAAGAAAAUGCUGUAUUUUCCGGUGAUUGUAUUUUAGGGGAAGGAACAACAGUAAUUGAAGACCUAUAUGAUUACAUGAAAACUUUGAAAAGGUUGUUAGAAAUGAAACUAGAUUUAAUAUAUCCAGGUCAUGGUCCAGUAGUACGUGAUGCAGGUGCUAGAAUCCAAGGCUACAUUUCUCACCGAAUGGCACGUGAACAGCAAAUUCUAAAUGUUUUCGAGAAGAAUGCUGGAAAAUCAUAUACAUCCUCUGAGCUUGUAAAGAUAGUAUACAAGGAGAUCCCUGAAAAUUUACUUCUAGCAGCAGAAAAUAAUCUCCUAGUCCACCUAAAGAAGCUGGAGAAAGAAGGGAAAGUGUUACGUGAGGCAGCUCCCAACUUCAGAUGGAGAAACAAUCUAUAAGUUACGCAAGAUUGCUCAAGAAUACUUUUAAUCUGCACAACAGCUGCAUGAACAAAUAUAAUGAGCUCAUACAAGUAAAAUAAAAACUAAUUUUUUUUUUAAGUGGUAACACAAUUUCAAAGCAACAUGAAAUUAGUCAGUUAACUAAUGCUUUUCAUAUUCUACUUUAUGGGAAUUUAAAAAAUAACCUGAUAACUACUGAGUUAAUAAAACAGAAUCAGUGUGAAGAACUGAAUGUUACCUCUGUUAUAAAAUACCAAAUUUAUCAUUGGUGGCAGAAGACAAAUAGCAGGGUCUUACAAACUUAAUAUUGCAAUAUUUUGAAGUAAUAUUAUAAACUUUAGAAGUCAGAUAUAUGAAAAAAAUCUCCAGUAAAAAUAAUAGGAAAUGUGUUAUUCUAAACCUUUUUUCAUUUACUUGUUCUUCUCAAAAAGUGAUUUUCUAGUAAGUUGUCUGUACAUUCUAAAAAAAACAAGUUAUUUUUGUUAACAGAUGUAAAUACUGGGGUUUAUAUUUCUUUUUUUUAAUUUAGCUGCCUGCACACAUCUUUGUUGAUUGCUCACUGCAAUAAGUUUUAACAAACACUGAAAGUAAUUCCAGACUUUGCUGUUUUCUGGUGGAAAUACCAUAUCUAUGGAAUUCAUUCAAAGAAUUCAUAAAUGUUAACAAAUCAGUGUCAAAAAUAUGCACAGAGUUGGAGCAAACUCUUAACAUUCCUUAUCUUAACAGAAUCUGCAAGAAUGUGAUUAAAAAGCAAUAGGAUAUAAAUCAGACAAUUCCAUGUCUGUGCUGUGCUGCAGCAAACACGUGGCAUUUUCAGAAAAUGAGGGAAACUGCACUUUAACCAGACUUGCCGUUAAUGAUUGUAUAUGAUGUUUCUGAAAUAGUAAAAGCAGAGAUUGCAGUUUUACUAAGAUGUAUAUACAUUAUACAUCAAAGGAUAUUUAUAUCAGCUAUGACAUGUUCUAAAAGUCCUAAGACUCCUUGUUGAUUAUGAGAUUAUAAAUCAGAAGUGUUUAUUUAAAAAUAGAAUGGUAAUGUAAGCUAUAUGCCAUGUAAGUAUAAAAAUGGGGAUUACCCUAUUUACGUCUCUUGUUUUGAAUACAUUCAUCUGUGCAGUAUGCAUUAAAAGUUAAGAAUAAAAACAGGAGAAGGGGCAACUUCUGUUUCAUCAAGCUAGAACAGCAAACAGCAUUUGAUGCAUUAACUUUCUGUACAGCUGGGGCCAGAAAUUGGAAGGAGCACAAACUGCGUUUCUAGCCUUCCUGCCAGUUAAUUUUAAGAUCCUGUACUUCAGCAUCAUUUAUUAGGCUGCAGACCUGGGAAAGAAUUUUGAUGGUAAUUAUAGCCUUUUUGGGGGUUUCUGUUUUGUUUCUUGCUAACUCACUUACUUAUACUCUGUUUAAAAUGUCAAUCUUAGUUGUAUCUUUAAGCAUGUUUGAUGAUGCGUGAAUUCAAGAAAGGUUCCCCAGUAGGAAGGGCAUUGUUCUCUUUGUGUCUGUUAUUCCAGGUGCAAUAAUGCACUUACCACCAAAUCCUCCCCAGCCAUGUUACCUGAAACUGUGUAUUGGGUUUGCAUGACAAGGUUCUGGUAGCAGGUGAGAAGACACUAGAAGCUUCCCCCAUUUCAGACUGCCAGGAACUUCCUUCCUAAACGAUGUGAUCAUUUCGAAGCCUAGUAUUUCAAAAACAUCUGGAAACAAACCUGGCAAACAUAGAGCCGCAACCCAUUGGCAAGCAGCAGGGCUGGCAGUCUCAGAUGGUUUAGGUCAUCACACCUUGACUAAAAAGCUGUAAGAAACAUCAGGCAGCAGGAGAGAGAAUUCCAGUAAAAGAAAGGUACAGAAACAGUUCAGAUGAGGCAACUGUUCAGAUGAGGACUUGUUUUCCAUUUCAGUAUAGCAGUUUACACGAUACCAUCAGGACAAACACAAAAACAAGAGGAAACCAAGGAGCUCUCUGCCUGUAUAAGAGGCCUCAUAGUCAGGUGCUCGAGGCACUUGCUGAUUAUAGCUUGAGAAAAGGAUGUCUUGUCCCAGUUAAGUCCUGUUCGUUAUGUUCUGUGGAGAUGAAAUGACCUGAUUUAAGGCUGAGGUGGGAGGUAGAUGCAAGACUACAUUGCAAAAAGAAUUCUAAUUUUUAUCACAAACCAAUGUACUUCACAGGUGCAGUAUGUUACAUUUGUGACUACACAGUAUGCAAUUAUGGAUGUACAUUCACAUUGUUAUUGUUGAAAUAAUGUUCUGUUUACUUUAGAGUUACAAAAUACUGGUGUGGCCAGGGGAUUAAGAGAUUUCUAAGGGACUGAAAUAUGAAUGCUUAUUUUUUAAAAACUUUUUUUUAAUUUAAUAAAAAAUCUCCAGCUUUGAAGGGGAAAA